CAAAAACUUGUCAUUUUGAUUUACAAAAAUGUCUCUACUACUACUUAAAAAAGCCACUGCAAACUUACUGAAGCUCAAACAUGGAAAAAACUACUUCCAGAUUGUGAAAAUUUCGGAUCAUGAACGCAACAUGAUUGGACGAAGAGAAGUGGUCGGUUACGGUCACAAUGGUCAGCCCACCUACGUGGACAGGAGCGAUUUUCCAUUUCCUGCAAUCAGAUGGAAAGAACCAACUGCUGAAAUCGAAGCCUUGCGAGAAAAGGAGAAAGGUGAUUGGAACGAGCUGUCGUGUGAAGAAAAGAAAAACUUAUACAGGGCUUCAUUUUGUCAAACCUUUUCCGAAUUCAACGCAUCAAAUAGUGGCGAAUGGAAAUCCAUGGUAGCUAUUUUGAUCUUCCACAUUGUAGCCGGCCUAUGGCUUUCCUACUGGUUCAAAAUAACGAUCUACAAGCACGAUCCUUUGCCCGGGUCUUUCGACGAAGAAAGUCGAAGGCAACAGUUCCGACGUUUGCUCGACCUCAAAACGAACCCUAUCCAAGGUUUGGCUUCCAAGUGGGACUACGAAAGGGAUGACUGGAAAAAUCCGAACGAUCCGUGGAAGUCCAAAAAUAUAUUUGAGAGUCACAGAGAUUAGGUUUUUGUUUGAAUUAUUGUUGAGUUUUUUUGAAUAAAAAAUGUAAAAGUACAA